UUUCUCCAUAAAGACAGUUUUCUCAGCUGUUCCAGGUGCCAGACGGUUCGAUGGCAAUCUGAAGGAGAAGGAGGAGGAGUUGUGCUCAAUUACACAUUGGAAUGAGAGCAGAUUGCCACUGUACACAACAAAACGGGUUAGUUUGAUUUCCUUGUAUUGAUAUCACAAUGCAGCUCUGAGUGAGAACGGCGUGUAAUUACAGCAUACGUCUGACCGCCGUACUUCCUAAAACAUGAUUCGCUGCCUGCAUGUCAUUUGGCUCUAAAGAAUUGUAAAUCAUAAUUAGCAUAAACAAUGAGCGUCCCACAGAACUUUUCAGAAUCACGUUAUCGGUAGCUCCGUCAUCAUCAGUGUUUUUUCGCCUCGCAUCCGUUUGAACUGAAAUCAUGACCAUUUUUAGAGCUAUGACGUAAGCGUCGUGGCGCAGUCCUCCCCACUGGCACAACGUCUGGUUUGUUGGGGGGUUAACUACUCAAUGCUUUUGUUAGUUCCUAAGCCACCCACUCCCCCACCCUCUCCCCUCCAUCCUCCAACCGCAGCGUCAGUAGGGGACUGGAACGAGAGGUAUAUAAGGACCCUGCCACCUGAAGCUCUCAAAAACCAAGAUCUCGCCAGCUUUACUCUACACCAGGAGCUACAAGGACUUCGAAGUUCCUGCUUCGCUUCUCUUACCAACCUUUCUGCGCACUUUAACUUCAACUAUUUUGUCAGUAUGCAGCUUUUGUCCAGCCUAGUGUCUCUUUUGCUGGUGCUGUAUAGUGUCAGAGCAGCAGCUGUGCUUCCAGUGGAGGAGAGGAACCCGGCACAAAGUAGGGAGCUGAGCAAAGAGCACAAGGAGCUGAUCCUGAAGCUGAUCUCUGGGCUGUUGGAUGGAGCAGACAACAGCGUGCUGGCUGGGGAGAUAGCGCCUGUCCCCUUGGAUGUGGAGGAGCCCCUGGAGUCCCGUCUGGAAGAACGGGCCGUCUACAACCGGUUAUCACAGCUGCCGCAGCGUGACCGCAAAGCCCCCUGCAAAAACUUCUUCUGGAAGACCUUCACAUCGUGUUAACGGCGCCAGUCCUGCAACGAUGCCGCGAUCCUACCUGAUACCUGACAUGAACUGUGUAGACCUCCACUGUACAUACUAUCUCCAGUGUCUGAAGAAAGGUCUCUGUGGACUUACUCUGACACAGUCUGUUUGUUAAAGACAUUGAUGAUGAUAUUUAUUUAUUUAUUUAUUGAUCGAUUAAGCUAUUU